AUGCCAAGAAGUAUGGCCCCCCUCAAGAAGCCUCGAAAUACCACAAAGUUGCCCCUGGCUUUAAACCCCUUGAAGAGCAAGGACGUGUUGGCAGUGCUGGCUGAGAGGAACCAGGCUAUAGUACCCGUUGGGGCCUGGGUGGAGCCUGCUCCGCCAGAUAGUUCAGAAGUCCCGGCAGCUACUGCAGCAUAUAUAAUUGAAGAAGAACUGAAGGAGCAGCUAAGAAAGAAACAAGAAGCUCUGAAGCGUUUUCAGAGACAAGUCAAAAGCAGAGUAAAUCAGCAAAUCAGGCUUAGAAAAAAGCAACAACUUCAGAGGUCUUAUGAAGCUGCAGAGAAAGAAGGCUCUAUAGCCAUGCACUCUUCAGAUCCAGCACACUUAACUCCUAAAAGAACGAGCGUUUUUCCAAGCAAUUUGAAUGCUGCUAUUGGAAGUGCCAGAUUGCCUCCUCCCCAGAUGCUUGAGGGUGGAAUAGAAGAUAGAGAGAAUCAGAAUGAACUGUUCCAACAACAAGCCCAGGCUCUUAGUCAAAGCAUGAAACAAGCACGUCAUCGGCUGGCAUCAUUUAAAACUGUGAAUCAGAAAGAUGCACCAGAGUUUCCAGAUGAUAUAAAGAAAAGCUUUCCCACCCAGGAGGAACCUGAGGAAUCUUCAUCUGCUAUGAUAGAUAAGAAAGGGAAAAAGCAUUUGUCUUGGGGGGACCAGGAGGAUCUCUUUUCUGAAGACAAAGAUAUACCUUUCCGCAGAGUUCAGAAAGUACAGUUCAAAACCCCGCUAUCUGAUGUGAUGGAAGAGGAAGAAGUAAAGCAGUUACAUCAGGACGUUUUGCCGGAAGCCCAGGAUUAUCUUCCAGAAGCCCAGGGGGAUUUGACAAGUGUCCUCGAUGUUGAGUGGGAAGCCCAGCGCUGUGAGCCGAGGCUCAGUACCCAGCACAUCGAUCUGGAAGGCCACACUGUUGAGCCCAAAGCCCAGGCCGCUAAGACAAAAACUAAGAGUGUUAUGCUGAAACACCAGACUAUUGGACUAGAAGAUGGGGAUAUUGCCUUGGAAGUACAAGAUUUUCCACUCCGAAAUCAGACUUUUCUACCCACAGAUCAGCACAUUCUCCCCAAAGACCAGAAUGUUCUACCCAAAUGUCAGGACCAGGAUUUUCUACCCAAAGACCAGUGUGUUUUACCCAGAGACCAGCGUGUUCUCCCCAAAGACCAGAAUAUUCAACACAAAUGUCAGGACCAGGAUUUUCUACCCAGCGAUCAGAAGGUAUGCUUCAAGGAGACAUAUUGUGAUAUGAUGAGUGAGAAGAGAAAAGACUUUUCUCUGGCAAGUUAUCAGUAUCUGCCUCCUAAACUUCAGGACCAGGCCUCCAUCAGAGAUCAGAGCAAGUGUGUUAAGCAACCCUCAUGUUUCAAGAAAUGGGAGCUUGGAAGAGGAAUUGCUUCUGGAGUGUGGUUGAGCUUAUGCUCCAUACAGCAACCACCUGCUGGAACAGCUGAAAGAUGGCAGGAAGAUUUGCUUCUGGAUGGCCAUCAGCAUCUUGCACCCAAGCAGCAGAGAGAGGCUUCCAGCAGAAGACAGGUUGGUGAUGAGUAUCAAUCAAGAUUGAACACUGAAUUUCAAACUCCCCUGGCACUUCAGUCUGGAGUAAGUCAAGAGGAAGACAAGAAAGAGCGUCAAAAGCAAUACCUGAGGUAUAGACGACUUUUCAUGGAUAUUGAAAGAGAACAAGUGAAAGAACAACAAAGGCAAAAAGAACAUAAGAAGAAAAUUGAAAAAAUUAAGAAAAAGAAAGAGCAGCAACGUUAUGCUGAAGAACAGAGGAUAUUAAGAAUGAAAUCCCAUGAAGAACCAUGUUCAGAGGAGAAGAUGACUGAUAUAUUAGCCCAACUACAACUUGAGGAAAUAAAAGGAGCCAGAGAAAAACAACAGCAGAAAGAAAAAGAAUACCAAAGAUAUGUAGAAGCUUUAAGAGCCCAGAUCCAGGAGAAAAUGCGGCUAUAUAAUAUUACUUUACCUCCACUCUGCUGCUGUGGUCCUGAUUUUUGGGAUGCUCAUCCUGAUACCUGUGCCAACAAUUGUAUUUUCUAUAAAAACCACAAAGCGUAUACCCGGGCACUACAUUCAGUCAUCAAUUCCUGUGACAUCCCUGAGGGGAACUCAGAUCUUCGAGUUGCCAUUCAUAAUUUUGCUUCUGCACAUAGACGGACUUUGAAAAACCUGUAA